UUCUAGUAACUUUCGCCGUCAGACUGACGUUUCGUGCGCGGCAUCAUGGCAUCCAGUGAUUUGACGUUAGAACAAAUUUACAAUUAUUUUAAAGAAAAUGGAAAUGUGGUUAAAAACCGUGAACUCGUUCAUCACUUCAAGCAUUACUUGACCGAUCCUGCAUCAAAAGAAGACGCCCGAGUUAAGUUCAAAAAAUUCGUCAACACCCUCGCACAAACCAAAACCGAAGGCGACGAAAAGUUCCUUAUCCUCAAAACCCGAUACCAAAACUCUCUCGAUUACCCUCGACCAUCACAAUUGGCCCUCUCACCCCACAGCGACCCCCGACUCGCCCUCGGAAUCCCACUUUCCCCAACUCCUUCCGACUACAGUCCUGCGAAAUCACCAGCUCAUAGACAACCUCCUCCUUACCGACCUCCACCGCCGGUUACUUCCCCAACAAACUCUCUCGACAACGUAUCGUUAAGUUCGAUAAUGUCGCUACAAGAUGUUACACCACAAGCGCCACCAAGACGCAAACAAAGGUCCUUCGAUGAGGACUCAACUCCGCGACAAAUUAACAACCAAGAGGAGGAAAAACAAACCCCGGUUAGUGUCAAGGAGCGGUUGGAGAAGUUUAAUCGGAUGGCCUCCAUGGAGGACGAGUUGAGUCCGAGACAGGCGAAGUCGGCAGAGAAGAAGAAGGAAAAGGGGUCCGAAGAAGACGACGGCGCCUCGGUCACAUCGUUAGAGCCGAAAAAGUGCAUGGAAUGGUACGUAACGGCGUCGAAGGGCGACAUCCAAGAGCUGCUCAAGCUGGCCCAGGACGAGCCCCGUCUGGUCAACAGAAAGGAUCCAUUUACGGUAUGUUGCCAAAGGUGAUGUCACAUCAAAACACUAUCAAUCAUACUUUAUCCACUCUGUUGAUUCAAGUUUCGCAUGUCUGCUGGAAACCGCUGGUUUGUUUUCUCUAUUUCUCGAAUUUAUUUUCAAGAAUAAUUUUUAUCACGCCUGACAUUUAUUGUGCUUUAUUAUCUCGAAGUUUCGUUUUAGUGGAUCCAUAAUUACAUCCUAAUUUUUUACGCCGUUAGACGUGAUAAUUUACGAUCCCCUUAGACAAAUAUUUUCCGACAUAAAUCUCGGAAGAUAUCAGCGUAUGUUAAUUACGAAAUGCAACAAUCGUUUGGCAAUUCCAGCGCUGUUUACAUGUAAUAACAACACAAAAUUGUACUAAACUUGCAGUCAUUUGUAAUUUUGGCACGAGCAUUUGUCACCUUUUUGUUGAGGAUUAAAUUUCAUAUAAUGUCGGACGCGGAUAACGUUUCGAAAGCAGCGCAACUUUUAAUAAACCAUAAAAGUGUCGUGAAAGUUUACUUAAAUUUCUAUAAAUGGCCACGUUUCAGUCACAUUUCGUAAUUUAUUGGACGAUCGAGGAAGUGUGAUGCGCAGCAUAAAUAACGAUUUUUUCGGCUUUUAUCGCAAAAUCAAUUUAAAUUUUAACAUCUUGAAUUACAAGAAAAUUGAAUUAGAUUGAAGGUUACCGAAGAUUUAAAUGUUAAUAUGAUAAUUACGGAAAAUAUUUUUAAGGUGCGGGGUAAAAGUUGUGCCAAAAUUGGGCAUGACAGGGAGAUAUGAUUUACAAAUCGAUCGGACGUUUCAAAUUCGCAAAAUUGGAGAGUGUUUUUUAAUUUAUGCUGAUGUUUAUUUGCCUUAUGGAAAAACACUAAUCCUGAAAUUUAUUUACUAUAAAAUGCGAGUCGUUCCGCGGUUUUUGCAAAUGCUAAAACGGGAAAAAAUAUAGUAGAAAUUACUCGUAUUUAAAAAAUGGAAAAGCCAGGAAGAAAAUAACAGAAUAUUAUUUAUGACUUAAAAUUCGGGUAAUUUUACUUUUCUGUUGCUGAUAUAACAAAUUAUAAAGAAUCGCAGAUUAGAUGUCAUUUUUGUUAUUUUAAAGUAUCUAAGCGUGUUUUUGAGUUUUUUUCUGGUUGCAAUUCACUUAAUUUUUGCACUUUUUGAGUAUUUUGACAUUUUUCAGAAAUUAUUUUGCAAAAACAAACCGAAAAUUUGGUUAAAAAAUUGUGCUACUUG